GAAGAGAAACGACUCUUUUACCAAUUCCCGCUCCCCUUCCCUUCUUCCACCACCACCACCACCACCCACCAUCCCUCUGUUCAAUCUAGUUGUUUCCUUCAUCGUCAUAAGACACAAUGGCGAUCAAGCACAACCAACAGCUCCCCAACAACCAUUUCCACAAGGACUGGCAACGUCGAGUGCGUGUGCACUUUGACCAGCCAGGUCGCAAAUCUCGACGCCGCGCAGCUCGUCUGUCCAAGGCCGCCGCCGUUGCUCCUCGUCCUACCGACCGUCUCCGACCCGUCGUCAGAUGCCCUACCAUCAAAUACAACCGUCGUGUUCGUGCCGGACGGGGUUUCACCCUUGCUGAGUUGAAGGAGGCCGGCAUUCCCCGCAAACUCGCACCCACAAUUGGCAUCUCAGUUGACGCACGCCGCCAGACCACGUCGCAAGAGGCAUUGGCCCUGAACGUCGAGCGCCUCAAGGCAUACCGAGCCCGCUUGAUCCUGUUCCCUCGCAAGGGAGGUCAACACAAGAAACUCGACAGCAGCGCCGAGGAAGUGAAGAGCGUCAGCAAAGAGAACACAGCCGGCAAAGUCAGCCGUGCCAUCCCCAUCGACUCCGGUGUUGGCAUCAAGCAUGCUUUGACCGAGAUCAAGAAGAGCGACUUGCCCAAGGGAGAGGAGAAUGCCUACCGACGAUUGAGAGUUGCCCGAUCAGAUGCCCGUUUGGCUGGCGUGAGGGAAAAGAGAGCCAAGGCUAAGGCUGAGGCUGAGGAUGCCAAGAAGAAAUAGAUGAUGGGUCGAGGAGAGGCGAGUUUGAGUUGAGAUGGGAAGAAACAUGAUCUGGCUUUUUUUCCUGGGCUGGAGUGGAAGGGAGGCACAAGAUGAAAAUCGUGCAUGGCGAAUGAAGAUGAAUGGGGCAUAAGUUCAUGAACUCCCUCAACCAAGCCCAGAGUGAGGCGUCUGAUGAUGGCCGCGGUAGCAUUUUCCAAAAAUCCCAACAAGCUGUUUCCCAAAUCAUCAUUGCGGCGAAACGUCUUUUGAUGCCUUGGAACUACUUGGCAGCGUCGUCGUCGUCGUCAUCGAUGUCACAAUGCUAGUGAGAUUCCUGGCCAGCUCCGUUGGGUCAUCAUGUAGCUUGUGUCUCUUACCCUUGCAGCUGUCUUUCAACUGGGGACAAUGCUGUCUGCAGGAUAUCAGGGGCAUGCUACAUGCAUCCUUGUUACACAAUCGGAAAAAAAAUUACUAAGACAAUGCCAGUGGAAAGUGAUCGCCUCGAGCUUCAGAUGUUCUGAAUUGUG